GCGUCCUCCACUCCGGGCUCGGAUCAUCGGGCCACGCGCGAUGGGGUCCCACAGCCCUGCGGCCGCGUUGCUGGUGCUGCUGAGUGCCGGGUGCGCGCUGCCACCGGGGCGCGCACAGUACGAGCGCUACAGCUUCCGCAGUUUCCCGCGGGACGAGCUGAUGCCGCUCGAGUCGGCCUACCGCCACGCGCUCGACCAGUACAGCGGGGAGCACUGGGCCGAAAGCGUGGGCUACCUGGAGGUGAGCCUGCGGCUGCACCGUCUGCUGCGCGACAGCGAGGCCUUCUGCCACCGCAACUGCAGCGCGGCUACGCCCGCUCCCGUGCCCGCCGGCGCUGCCGGCCACGCCGAGCUGCGCCUCUUCGGCGGCGUGCUGCGCCGGGCGCAGUGUCUCAAGCGCUGCAAGCAGGGCCUGCCCGCCUUCCGUCAGUCGCAGCCCAGCCGCGCGGUGCUGGCAGACUUUCAGCAGCGCGAGCCCUACAAGUUCCUGCAGUUCGCUUACUUUAAGGCCAAUGACCUCCCGAAGGCCAUCGCUGCGGCUCACACCUACCUUCUGAAGCACCCUGACGAUGAGAUGAUGAAGAGAAACAUGGCCUAUUACAAGAGCUUGCCUGGAGCUGAGGACCACAUUAAAGACCUGGAGACCAAGUCAUACGAGGUACUCACUGGCUUCACCCGCACAGUGCGGGCCUACAAUGGGGAGAACUGGAGGACAUCCAUUACGGACAUGGAGCUGGCGCUCCCUGACUUCCUAAAAGCCUUUUAUGAGUGCCUGGCAGCCUGCGGAAGGCUCCAGGGAGAUUAAGGACUCAAGGACUUCUACCUGUCCAUUGCAGAUCAUUAUGUAGAAGUUCUGGAAUGCAAGGUCCGGUGCGAGGAGACCCUCACCCCGGUCAUAGGCGGCUACCCCGUGGAGAAAUUCGUGGCGACCAUGUACCACUAUUUGCAGUUCGCCUAUUAUAAGUUGAACGAUCUAAAGAACGCAGCCCCCUGCGCCGUCAGCUACCUGCUCUUCGACAAGGAUGACAAGGUCAUGCAGCAGAAUCUGGUCUACUAUCAGUACCACAGGGACAAGUGGGGCCUCUCGGACGAGCAUUUCCAGCCCAGACCCGAAGCAGUGCAGUUCUUUAACGUGACGACGCUCCAGAAGGAGCUCUACAGCUUUGCUCGGGAACACCUAACGGAUGAUGACGAGGGAGAGGUUGUGGAAUACGUGGAUGACUUGCUGGAGAUGGAAGAGGCUGGUUAGUCCGCAGCAAUUACAGAGACCUCUCUUCGUGUUCCUUCUUCAAGUGCCUGGGCUGUUGAUACCUCAGAGCCUCCCUUUCAAAGGCAAGGGGAGCCACCAUCCCUUUACUACACGGAACCAGGGUCCAGCCUGCCCUCCCUGUGUCCACACCUGUCCACCCAGCUGCCUUCUCUGCACUCACACUUGUCUUCAUGGUCUUGUCUCCCCAGCCAUCUUCCCCUCGUUCACACCUGUCUUUCUGUCCAUGCACACCUCCCCGUCCUCCCAUCCGUCCUCCCUAUGUUCAUCUCUGAAUUCCCUCUGACCCCUCCUGUUUCCCCCAUGUUCAGAAAGACAGUCUUCUGUGGUCUGUUUUUUUUAAUCCCU